AUGUGCAGCAGUGAUAGCAGCACUAUCUGCCGUAGCGGCAGCAGAAGCAGCGGCAACAGCAGCAGCAACAGCAGCAGAAGCAGCAGCAAUAGCACCAACAGCAGCAGCAACAGCGCGAGAAACAAGAGCGACAGCACCAACAGCAGCAACUGCACAAGCAGCAGCAGCAACAGCGUCCGCAGCACGAUAUACAAGAGUAACAACUGCAGCAACAGCACCAACAGCAGCAACAACCGCAGCAACAGUACAAACAGCAGCAGCAACAGCAGCAGGAACACCAGCAGCAAUAGCAGAGAAGCAAGAGCAACAGCAGCAACAGCAGCAGCAACAGCAGCAACGGUACCAGCAGCAGCAACAGCAGCAGCAGCAGAAACAGUAACAGCAACAGCAGCAACAGUAGCAGCAACAACAGCAGCAACACCACCUGCAGUAACGGCACGAGAAACAAGAGCAACAGCAGCAACAGCAGCAGUAGCAGCAACAACAGCAGCUACAGCACGAGAAACAAGAGCAAUGGCACCAACAGCAGCAGCAACAGCACCAACAGCAGCUGCAAGAGCACCAACAGCAGCAGCAACAGCAGCAACAACACAAACAGCAGCAACAGCAGCAAUAGCAGCAGCAUCAGCACCAAACGCACCAACAGCAGCAGCAUCAGCACCAAUAGCACGAGAAACAAUAGCAACAUCACCAACAGCAGCAGCAACAGCACCAACAACAGCAGCAAGAGCACCAACAGCAGCAACAGCAGCACCCACAGCAGCAACAGCACCAACAGCAGCAGCAGCAGCACCCAACAGCACCAACAGCAGCACCCAACAGCACCAAUAG